CGCUCUCUCUUUCCUCUCUGCUCUCUCUCUCUCUCUCACGUGUUGCUGCUGUCUGCGCCCUUUUUUUGCUUUUGCUCUCUCGCUUGCGCUUACGCAGUGUGUCGUCGCCACCAUCGUCUUGUGUUGUUCGAGCACUCCACUGCCGCGUAACCACACCGAUUCCCAGCAUAACCCGCAACCAGCACCAUGGGAAAGAAGAAGGGACGUCGCAACGACGACGAUGACUGGAUGGCCGAGAUGGAGGCGCUGAAUGCCGAGGCCAAGGCCGACCUUGCAUCUGACGAGGACGAGCUCGACAUGAGCGAGUCUGAACUCGAGGCCCUGCAGGCCCAACAGAAGAAGAAGCAACAGCAACAGCAGAAGAAGAAGAAUAAGAAGGGCAAGAAGCAGCAGCAGCAGGUGCCGCAGGACAUGUUCAUGCUGUCGGAUGAGGACGAGGACGAGGAGGGCGUGGCCGAGCAGCCGCCAAAGCAGCAGCAGCAGAAGAAGAAGAACAAGAAGAACAAGAAGAACAACGCCAAGGCUGAAGUGGAGGAAGAGAAGGAGGAGGUGACGCUGCCGUCGAAGCAGCAGAAGAAGAAGGGCAAGAAGAAGAAGGGCAAGAAGCAGCAGGACGCGGUCGACCUCGAUGCGUUUGCGCUCGAGCUCGAAGAUGAGAUGGAGGCUGAGGCCGAGGCCGAGGCAGCGCGCAAGGCAGAGGAAGAAGCGCUCAGGAAGAAGGAGCAGGAGGAGAAGGAACAGCAGGAGGAGGAAGAACAGGAACAGGAGGGAAAGGAGAAGGAGAAGGAAACAGAAGAGGCUGCUGGCGCAGAAGGUGAGGGCAAGAAGGAGGGUGCCGAGGGCCAGCAAGGCGAAUCCAAGAAGGAAAAGAAGAAGAAGAAGAUGAGCAAGCUCGCCCAGGCCCUCAAGGCGGAGCGGGAAGCGUUUGAGGCCAAGGAGCGCAAGCGCAAGGAGGAAGAGGAAGAGCGGCAGCGCAAGGAGGAGGAAGAGCGGAAGAAGGCGGAGGAGGAGGCCCGCCGCGAAGAGGAACGACGCGAGAAGAAGCGCGAGCGCGAACGCCUCCGCAAGCAGCGCCGCAAGGCCGAGGCAAAGAAGCGGGAGAAGGAGAAGACCGAGGAGGAGAAGCAAGAGCUCGCCCGCCAGAAACUCGCCCAGAUGUUCGGCGGAGACGUCACUGGCCCACCAAGCCAGCACCGCCCGAACAACAAGCAGAACCAGAAGAAACGGCAGAAGCAGAAGGAGCUGGAGGCAGCCAAGGCGGCCGAGGAGGCAGCAAAGGCAAAGGCAAAGGAAGAGGAAGAGGCAAAGAAGAAGAUGGAGGAGGAAGAGGACCAGGAAGUCGACAACUGGGAAGACCUGCUGGACGCUGCUGACCUUGGUCUGGGCGGCGACGGUGAUGAUGGCGAUGAUCAGGCAGAGGACGAGGGCCAGGACGGUGCCACCGCCACCGCCGCCACCGCAAAACCAACAGCAGCAGCAGCAGCAGCCGGUGGUGAUGGUGACGGUGACGAUGAUGAUGACGAGGAAGAGGGCGACGAAGCCGCCGUGGAGACGUACACACGCAGCGCCGAGAGCCGCGUUGAGCGACAGCACAAGACGCAGGAGGAGCUGCAUGAGGAGCGCGUUGAGGCGGCGCGCCUGGAGAUUGAGCGGCGGCGCCAGGAGAACGAGGCCAAGCGGACGACAGACAAGCUGCGGUCGCCCAUCUGCGCUGUGCUGGGGCACGUCGACACGGGCAAGACAAAGCUGCUUGACAAGAUUCGUCGCAGCCACGUGCAGGACGGUGAGGCCGGCGGCAUCACGCAGCAGAUUGGCGCGACGUACAUCCCCACAGACGAGAUUGAGCGGCAGACGGCAAAGGUGAAGAAGGGCAGCAAGUUUGAGAUUAAGGUGCCGGGCUUGCUUGUGAUUGACACGCCCGGGCACGAGUCGUUCAGCAACCUGCGCUCGCGUGGGUCGUCGCUGUGCAACAUGGCUGUGCUUGUCGUCGACAUUAUGCACGGCAUUGAGCCGCAGACGGCCGAGUCCCUGGAGAUGCUGCGCAAGCGCAAGGCGCCGUUUGUCAUUGCGCUGAACAAGGUUGACCGCCUCAACGGGUGGAUCCGCACGCCAAACACGCCCAUCCAGCUUGCCCUGAAGAAGCAGAAGCAGCCGGCCAUCCAGGACUUUGAGACGCGCCUGGACCACAUCAAGCUGCAGUUUGCGGAGCGCGGCAUCAACACGGAGCUCUACUGGAAGAACAAGAACAUCCGCGAGUAUGUCAACAUUGUGCCCACCUCUGCACACACGGGCGAGGGCGUACCCGACCUCCUCUUCCUCCUCGUCAGCCUCACCCAGAAGAUGCUUGCAAAGGCCCUUGCGUACAGCGAGGAGCUUGAGUGCACGGUGCUUGAGGUGAAGGAGGUGCAGGGUUACGGCACGACGAUUGACGUGAUCCUGACCAACGGCACGCUUCGCGAGGGCGACACCAUUGUGCUGGGCGGGCUGGAGGGCCCCAUCGUCACCACGGCGCGCUCGCUGCUCAUGCCGGCGCCGCUCAAGGAACUCCGCGUGAAGAACGCAUAUGUGCUGCACAAGGAGGUGCGCGCUGCGCAGGGUGUGAAGAUUGCGGGCAAGAACCUGGAGAAGGCCGUGGCGGGCCUGCCGCUGUAUGUGGCGCACACGCCCGAGGAGGAAGAGGUGUACAAGGAGGAGGCAGAGCGCCUGCUGGAGGACACGCUCAACGCCAUCAAGACGGUGGAGAAGGGCGUGUGCGUGCAGGCGUCGACGCUCGGCUCGCUCGAGGCACUGCUGGAGUUUUUGCGCACGGAGAAGAUCCCCGUGUCUGCAGUGAACAUUGGGCCCGUGCACAGGCGCGACGUGACGCGGUGCACCAUCCAGCUGCAGCGCGAUCCAAAGUACGCCUGCAUCCUCGCCUUUGACGUGCCCGUGGACGCAGACGCCAAGCGGUACGCGGCGCGGGAGGGCAUUCGCAUCUUCGAGGCGGACAUCAUCUACCACCUGGAGGAAUCGUUCCGAAAGCACAUGGAGGAGGUGAAGCAGCAACUGCGCGAGCGGUAUCGCAACAUUGCCGUGUUCCCCUGCCGCCUGCAGAUUGUCCCCGACUGCGUGUUCAACGCGCGCGACCCAAUUGUGGUUGGCGUGCGCGUGGAGGAGGGCCUGCUGCGCACGGGCACCCCGCUGUGCGUGCCGUCCAAGGACUCGGUUGACAUUGGCGUCGUCUCCUCGAUGCAGUUUGAGCACAAGGAGGUGGACCUUGCCAAGAAGGGCCAGGAGGUGAGCAUCAAGAUUGAGCCCGUGAGCGGGGAGAAGAAGAUGGUUGGCCGCCACUUUGACGUUGAGGACGAGCUUGUGAGCCGCAUCAGCCGCGACUCAAUUGACGCCGUGAAGAACUACUUCAGGGAGGACCUCUCCAAGGAGGACUGGCGCCUCAUGGCACGCCUCAAGUCCGUCUUCAAGAUCCUCUGAGGCACGUUCGCACUCGUGCGCGCUUGUGCAAUUGCAGGUAUGCGUUUGAUGCGUUGGCCGCGUUGGACGCGUGUGACGCGUUUGUGUUGCGGUGGAUUGGUGGAGGCAAGAUGUGACCGAGAAAUGGGAUAGGGCUGCCUGGUAGCUGGACACACAUGCCCCUGUUAUGUGUGAUGGUGUGAUGUGCGUGUUGAGUUGUGUAAUGUGUCCCCUCCCCCCUGAAGGAAGGAGCCAUGAGUGUGCCCAUGAUGUGGUGUGAUGUGAUUGCGCGUUUGUGCAUCAGCGCCACACGACAGCUGUGUUUUUCGUUGGUCUCAAUGCUUCUGUCAUACAUACGAGUUUAAUGUCCGCCUUGUGUGUUCUAUCCUGCUGUUGCAUGUUGUGUGAUGUGGUGUGGUGUGGAGAGGAUUGGUUCAUCUCUGCCACUUGUGUGUGUGUGUCUGCAUUGUCAUCGUCGUAGCUUCCGUUGCUUUGAUGCACACAUGGCAAUACACGUAACACG